AGGACACGGAGCUCUGAGAAGAGACCACAUUUUUUGUUUGGUAAAGAUGGAAGUUUUCUAAUUGCUCUUCUGAUGGCUUGGAAUCCCUUACUCUGUGCUUUGCAUCACACUUGAUCAUAAAGAAACUCGCUUUAAAACCGUGCGUAAUACGUUUACGCACCAAAGGAUGGGGUCGGAGAAGCCCAACUUUCUGUCCCAGCCUGUGGUGAAGAACGUCUUCAUGUACCGCAAUGGUGACCCUUUCUACGAGGCUCGAAGGGUUGUUAUUAACCAGAAGAGAGUGUGCACCUUUGAGACUUUGCUGAGAGAAGUGACGGGCGGCAUCCAGGCGCCUUUUGGCGCGGUGAGGAACAUCUACACGCCGCGCGGAGGACACAAAGUGGACUGUUUGGACAGCCUUCACAGCGGGGAGCAGUACGUCGCCGCUGGCCGGGAGAGGUUUAAAAAGUUAGAUUAUUUACAGAUUGGUUCCAGAAAGAAGAGGAUGUUGAAAAAUCUUCCAUUUCAGGUCAAACCACUUCCACCAAAUCGGCUAUCCGUAUCAGCCAGAUUCCUGAAACCAAUUAAGGAGCCAUGUCCAAUCUUCGUGGUGGCAAACGGGGACACUCUGAACCCUGCAAUAAGGCUGCUGAUCCACCAGAGGAUGCUGAGCCAGUUUGAAAGAAUUCUCGAGAUGAUCACAGAGAAGAUGGGUUUGAGAGUCCUCGGCGGUGUGAGAAGUCUUUUCACUUAUGAGGGCCAGCAGGUGACUGAUGGCACUCAGCUGGAAAGCGGUCAGCUCUAUGUGGCCGUGGGCAGAGAGAGAUUUAAGAAGCUCUCUUACAGUGACCUCCUCUUCAACAAAACCCGAGGGACACGGAGGGUCAAUGGAAUGAAAAUGUGCACACUGCCGCCAAUAUACAGAUUCUCAAAGCAGAAUGGAAACAGUAAGUCCAUGGUCCGGUGCAGUGACAGUGGAGGUAGCGAAUGGAAGGCCUCGCCUCCAAACCACAACAAGGAGCACCUGUCCUCCAUCGUAAGAGAGAUCUCGCAGGCCAGACUCCUAUCCCUCAGGAAGAAGAGGAGCGGACAGAGCAUGACGCUGGGCCUCAGUGACAAUGAUAACUUGGAUUCAAAGACGGAUGAUGCUGAUAGUCAAUCUCCAGAAAACCAGACAACUGAAGAGGAACAUACAUCAGAUGAUACAAAAUCCUCAGAGGACAAUGGUGAAAAGCCUGAAGAGAAGGAGGAGGACUUUGUCGAAAAUACCACUGACAAGAACACUUCAGUUAGCAAAGAGGAGCAAGCAGAUAAGGAGAUGAAUCUUCAAAGAAAAGGAGACACAGAGGAAGAAAAUGAAUCUGCAAAGAGCAACAAUGAGCGAGAAGUGUCAGAGGAGCAGGCAGAAAAGGUAAAAGAAGUGAAGAAGGAUGGUGACACUAAGAGUAAAGAGGCUUUGGAUGAGGGUAGGGAUGUCUUAGAUGAGUGUAAGGAGGUUUCAGAAGGGAAAAACAAGGUUUUGGAUGAGAAUGCGGAGGCCCCAGUUGAGAUAAUUGAUGUGUCAGAUGAUAAUAAGGAGGUCUCAGGUGAUAGUAAGGAGACGGGUGCACACGAGAGUGAGGAAAAUAAUGCAGAUAUCAGUGAGGAGGUAGCAGAUGAAAGUAAGAUUUCAGGUGAGAGUAAGCAAGACAUUGCUGAUGAGAGUAAACAGGAGUGUGCAGAUGAGAAAAAGGAGGAGGCUGCAAAAAAAAAAAAGGAAGAUCUUGCGGAUGACUGCAAUGAGGAAGACACUUUAGAGAAAAAAGAUGAAACUAAUAAUGAGAGUAAGGGGAUGAUAAAUAAGGAUGAGGCUGAAUAUGAGAGUAAAGAAGAAGUCACUUAUGAGAGUAAGAAUGAGGCACCCGAUGAGAGUAAGGAUGAGGCUAAAGAUGAGAGUAAAGAGGAGGUCACUUAUGAGAGUAAAAAUGAGGCUGAAGAUGAGCGGAAAGAGGGAGUCACUUAUAAUGGUAAGGAUGAGGUACCAGUUGAGAGUAAGGAUGUAGCUGAAGAUGAAAGUAAAGAGGAAGUCACUUAUGAGAGUAAGGAUGAGGCUGAAGAUGAGAGUAAAGUCACUUAUGAGAGUAAGGAUGAGGCUGAAGAUGAGAGUAAAGUCACUUAUGAGAGUAAGGAUGAGGCUGAAGAUAAGAGUAAAGUCACUUAUGAGAGUAAGGAUGAGGCUGAAGAUGAGAGUAAAGUCACUUAUGAGAGUAAGGAUGAGGCUGAAGAUGAGAGUAAAGAGGAAGUCACUUAUAAGGGUAAAGAUGAGGUACCAGAUGAGAGUAAGGAUGAGGCUGUAGAUGAGAGUAAAGAGGAAGUCACUUAUAAGGGUAAGGAUGAGGUACCAGAUGAGAGUAAGGAUGAGGCUGAAGAUGAUAAUAAGUCAGUUGUAUCUGCUGAGGCCCUAAAUAAUGAGUGUGACACAAAUAUUAACAGCAACACCAAAGACAAUCAAAAGGAGAAAGAGACCGAAGAUCAUGUCAGAAAAGAUGGUGAUGAGGAUGAGAAAGAGAGCAUACACCACAAUGAAAAUUGA